UGUAGUUCCUUCACUGUCCUGCUGGAGGCGCUGCUGCGCGCUGUGUUUCUGCUCGUCUCCUCCUCUUCCUCCUGCAGGGCCUUUCAAAAUCUCACUGACCAACCCAUUAUAACAGACAAUGUAGCACGCUGACCCGAGCACUCAGGAGAAAGACAACACAUUCACAGCUUUAGCUCCGGUAUUAGACCCAAACACAAACAGAACGGUUCAGUUUGAGCGCGAGCUCUGGAUCAAACUAAUGGACUUAUAGCCGAAUAACGGAGAGAGAGCGCGCGCGCAUCUGUGAUAUCGCCGGGAAAGGCUGAUGGAUGGAGCGAGGGACCAGUAUGAGGAACGACUGAAAGAGGUGUUUGAAAGUUUUGAUGGCAGUGGUUUGGGCUCUCUGAGUCCUGAAGAACUGACCGAUCUCUGCCGGGCCCUUCAGCUGGAGGAGAACACGCUGAACACACUCUUACACACACUGCUGCAGGACCAGAUCAGUGCACGGGUUGAUUUUGAACAGUUUAAGGAUGCUCUGAUCCUCGUGUUAUCAAGUACAAACACAGAUGAUCCAGAGGAAUGUCUUGAACAGCCAGAUUCCCCAGAAGUCCAGCCACGCUUUGUAAAGGGCAGUAAGCGCUAUGGCCGUCGCUCGGCUCCGGAGUUCAUUCACACUGAUUCACACACACAGGCUGAAGAUGAGGAGGAGAAGGAUGAAGAUGCUCAAGAGAACGAUGACAGGACUGUACCCAGGAAACGUGAGCGCUGGAACGCUGACAUGAGCAUUUCUGAAGAGUUUGAAGCAGAAGGUCAGAUGCACCUCUGGAACCCUGAUGAGCCCAGCACACCACGAGGCAAUGCACUGCCACUCUGUGACUUAGAGGAGCGGUUGCAGGAUGCCUGCCAUCAGCUCUCUCUACCCAUAAACGGCAUGGCCACACUGCAACAGCUACACGCACUCUGUCAGCACAUAGGCAUUGAGGUGGGUGAGGAUCUGUUGCAGGGUGCUGAUGAAAGCGUAAUGGAUGUGCAGGAGUUCAUUUCGUGCAUAAUAAACCACAGCAAACCACCCACACCAUCAGUAUCUACACCCUACAGACAAUUAAAGAGACACCAUUCCACUCAGUUUGACGAGUCGGGCCGAAGGAUCUCAUGUGCUUUGAGCAGUACAAUUGGUCUGCAGGUGUUUUCGGAUUUGGAUGAUGGAUCGGGACAUGCUCUUGUGGAAACUCUGCUUUACAGGUGGAUGGAAGAGGGAGUGGACAAUAGCUCAGAGAUCCUACAGGCUCUGGAUUUUAAUCUGGAAGGUAAAGUGAAUCUGUCUGAGCUGACCGUUGCUCUAGAGAAUGAGCUGCUGAGCACUAAGAACUCAAUCCACCAAGCGGCGCUAGUGAGCUUUAAGGCAGAAAUCAGACAUCUGCUUGAGUGUGUUGACCUGGAGAGGCGUGAGAAGGAGAGGAUUCGCUUUGAUCUGGACAAAGCAGAGAAACUGAAAUCUCAGCUGGCGUCUGAAGUGGAUGACCACCAUGCUGCCAUCGAACGCAAUAAUGAACUCAACCUUCGGAAGUUGGAGCAGGAAUAUAAAGAGAGUAUGACUGCUCUGAGGGCAGAGCUAAGUAGAGAGGUGGAGCUUGUGCAGCAGCAGGCCAAUCAGCAACGAGAAGAGCUUGAACAGGAAAUUGGCAAGAUGAAAGAUGAUGAAGCCUUCCUACGAGAACACCUAACUCUCACCAUUAAAGAAAAUGGUCGCCUGGAGUCAGAGCUUAUUGAGACCACAGAAAAACUGGUGGAGGCUGAAAACCAGCUGAACAAAGUGCAGAAAAAUCUGGAUGGUGUUUUGAAAGAGAAGUUUGGUGAUUUGGAUCCAGACAGUGCAGAGUUUUACCUGCAGGAGGACCGUCUCCGACAACUGCGCAAGAACUACGAGGAGCAGUGCAGGGAGCUGCAGGAUCGUAUAGAUGAGCUGGAAGCUCAGCUGGAGGAAUAUCAGACUUCAGGUCACACACCCUCGACACGUCCCGGACUGAGUCUGUCUGAUGAACUGGCCAGCAAGAGUCCAGACCCAGGUUCUCAAGAACGGCAGCCAUUAAACAUGAGUCUGGAGACAGAGAUGUUACUGGAGCAGCACCAACAAGAGUUAGAAAACAUCAGGGCAAUGGUUUAUGAAGAAAAACGCAGUGCAGAAGAGGAGAGAACUCGUCUUUCCCUGCAGCACCAACAGGAGGUGCAGGUUUUGAGGGAGGAGAUGGCAAGAGAACUAGAGAGAGCAAAUAGAUUGGAGCAGGAAAUUUCUGCCCUCCAAACUCUCCACCAGCAGGAGCUUCACUCUCUCACACAGGAGGCACAGGAAGCCAGAAGCCGUGCAGACCAGCUGGAAGAGAAGGUGCAAGUUCUGGAGGAGAAACAGACUGCCCAUGAGGAGCAGAACAGAGUGCAUGCUGAGGAGAUGAGUUUGAGGGAGUUGAAGCACCAAGAGGUGCUGGAGGCAAGUCUGCAGGAGCAGAGAGAGAGAUUGCUAGAAGAGCAGGAAAAGGAGGAGAAGAGGCUCAUGGAACAGUGGAAACAAGAGCAGAAGAGCUAUGAGGAGGUGCUAAGUGCUCAGCUUGAGGAGAUGCAGCAGAGAAGAGAACAAGAGUGUGUUGAGCUGGAAAAGAGGCUCAAGGAGGAGUGGGAAGGAGAGAGGCAGGAGCUAGAGGAGAGCAGUAAGGAGGCAUUACAGGCUUUGCUGGAUGAGAGAGAACGGAAGCUCAAGGAGGAUUGGGAACGGGAGAAGCAGGAGCUAGAGGAGAUCAGUAAGGAGGCGCUGCAGGCCAUGCUAGAGGAGAGGUUGGAGAGGGAAAGGAGGCUCAAGCAGCAAUGGGAUGAGGAGCGGGCUUCAUUAGAGAACAAACAUCAUGCUUUGCUACUACAGCGUUUGCAGGAAGAGAGGGAACACCUCCGAACACAGCAGGAGGAGACCGAUAGCAUUAUAAUUGAGCACUGGGGUAGAGAGAGGGCUCAGCUGGAGAAACAACAUGAGGAGGCGCUGCAGGCCUGUUUGGAGCAGGAGAGAAAGAGACUGCAAGUGGAGAGAGAGGAGCAGGAGAGGAGGUGGCAGCAGGUGCUGAAUGAAGAGCAGAGCCGGAUGGAGGAGGCGCACAGGGAGGCCAUGCAGGAGCUGUGUGCCAAACACAGCGAGGAGAGGGAAAGACUUAGCAGCCUUUUGGAGAAACUACGCACAGACAUUGCAGAACAGAGGAGUGAAGUUUGUCGUCUGGCUAAAGAGAACUUCAUUCUGAGGCACAAAAUCUCAACAGUGAGGGAGGAUGACCUGAGAGAGAACCAGGAUGAUAUGCGAUUACAACACAUGAAGCAAGGGAAGAGAUCGCUACAAGCUCUUAGGAGACAGCUCUCAGAGCCUCGUCGCCUGGGACAGCAGCUGGAGGAGGAGAAUUUAUUGCAGCAGAAUGCAGAUCAUGUGCUUCGACAUGCGCUCCAGGAAGUGAUGCGUCAAAAUGACAGCUCAACCAAUGAGAAGAAUGGGAUUUGUGAUCGGGAGGAGAUUGUUUCCAGAACAGAAAAGGAACUGCUUAGAUCAGAACUCAAUCGGUGCAUAGAAAAGGUACAAAAAGCACAGGCAAUGAAAGACACCCUCACUACCCAUUUUUACUCACAUCUGACAUUUCACUUUUUACUUUUCUUAACAAAUUUUCUGGUCUUUCAGGUCAUGUCACUGGAUUCAUCUCUACAGACACUCACUCAGCAGAAUGCUCGUCUCAAAUCUGACCUACGCAUCACACAACAAGAAAGAGAUGCCCUCAAACAGGAAGUGAUUUCUUUGCACAAACAAGUGCAAUAUGCCAAUGAGAAGUUGUUGGAGGUCUCUGUUGUGUCUGCUGGUCAGCAGCAGGGGAGGCAUGUGUGGGCGGAGCUUUCUGGGCUGAUGGAGGUGGAGCAUGAUUCACUAACUGAGGAAAACCAACAACUCAAGCGACAGAUGAGUGAGAUGAGUUCAGAGCUGCAGACGUCAAAGGAGCAGAUCCACCAUCUGGAGGCAUUAAAUGCAAAACAGAGAGGACUUGUGAAAACUGCAGAUCAAGAAAAAUCAGCUUUGAAACGUGAACUCGAGGCUCUGCACACACAGCUGCUAUCAACGCGGAACAAGGCUCAUCUGUCUGCAGUCUUGCCUUCAUCUCCUCUACAGUUGCCGGGGGAACAGAGAGGACAGCACCAUAGCGACGGCCCAGACUUCAACUUGCAGCAGGACGAGCGGGAGUUGGCGCUUUUACAGAUGGAGGAGAGAAUGAGAGAAGUAGAGCUCAUGCUCAGAAACCUCAAACUGUUGCUGCAGGAGAAAGUGUCUCAGCUGAAAGAACAGUUGAUCAGGAACAGUGAAUCAGACGUGUUGAUUAAAGACCUGUAUGUGGAGAACGCUCAACUGCUCAAAGUCUUGGAAAAGACAGAACAGCGUCAGAAAGUAGCAGAGAAGAAGAACUUCCUGCUAGAAGAGAAAAUUUCAAGCCUCAACAAGAUUGUCCGUGACCUCGGCCCUUCCCCUUUGACCCCUGCGCCCUACCACUUUACACGCUCCUGAUUUUACUGUAUUACACAUAAUUUUAGUCAUAUAAGAGAUUCCAAACAGUCAAACUACGAUAAGAACAGGUAUUCCAUUUGACUUGUGCACUAUAUUCUAAGUCUCUGAAGCCAUAUGAAAGCUUUGUGUUACUGACCCGAAAUCUAAGUAUUUAUUUACUGAAAAUGUUCCCCUCUGCCAUACAACUCAAAUCUCUUUCCCAAUCAUUUUUAUUUCUGGUUGAACCAUGCCUCUAAUAAGGAACCAUCUUGACUGUAGUCUUCAGUUUUCUUCCAGAAACGAACACAUCACAAUAUUCCUCAUUUAAAUAAUUGUACAACACGCUGGUUCAGCUGACCAACCAGAGGACAUUGUGCUUUUGGGAAGGAGGGGCUUCAUAGAGACAGGAACUAAACAGAGCAUUACUGACAGACUGGGAAGAGAGGAGCAGUGUCUUUUGACUAAGCCGUACUGUAAUAUUACUGGUUAGUUUGGACCUCUCAAACUGCCAUUGGAAGGUUGUCUUAAGGAAUGGUGAAAUUCCUUAGACCUAGAGAAGCUUGUCCAACAGCUGAGGCCCCAGUGUUCACACACACUCACACACACAUGCAGCCGCCUAUCAUUACAUAGUUUUCAGUGAAAUGCAAACAAGGUCAGUGAUUCCCUACGUCUCAGAGAAGGAAAUUAAAGGGCAAAUGCUACACUGUUUAUUCACUGUUUUUUCCUGUUUGUUAUAGUGCAUUUUAUGUCUUCGGGAUUGUUUAGUUAAUAUAAACCUUUUCACUUGAGAAUGUGAACCAAAAAAAAAACAACACACACACACACACACACACACACAUAUCCCAUAACGUUACUUUAGUUGCAGCAGGACUUUGUGCUGUAUAUUUAUUUUGUGUAGCUAUUUUUCAUUUAUGAACUGUAAUCAUGCAUUUUGAGCACUGUGAAUAUGAAUAAUAGGGAAUCUAUUAAAAUAUUUAUGUGGAUUAAAAGAAACUCAGAACUUGGAGACUUCAGCCUCAUGGUAACCACUGUAUAAUUUGUGUGUGGAGAGGAAAAUUACUGGUUAUGAUGUUUCAUUUCAGGCGUCUCUCAACGAGUGCGGUUUACAUGCUUUGAUGCUUUGGGGGGGAAAAUGCACAGAGAAUUAUGGGCAUUUAAACAUUUUUAAAUUGCUUUGAAAUAUGUGUCCUUAUGUUUUUUUAGCAUUGUAACAGCCUUUGGUGAAGUAUAUAAGCUAUGCUUUACCACUAUUUGUUAUGAAAAUGACGACCACUUACUUUUAUGUGUUAAUUGUAUAACACUUGGAUGUAAAAACAUAUAAAACAUUCUUUCUUGUAAAAAAAAUAAAAUAAAAGAAUAAUAAUAGUUUUA